UUCAGGGCCCCCCCGGGACAGUUUUGGGCUCUCCCCGGAUUUUUGGGUCCCCCUAAAUGCCAAAAAUGUGAAUUUUGGGUGUCCCCCCUCACGGCGUUUUUUGGGAUCCCCCUCCCCCGAAUUUUUGGGACCCUCCCCCAGAGUUUUUGGGACCCCUCAGGACAAUUUUUGGCCUCCCCCCCAGAUUUUUGGGACCCCCACAUUUUUUUGGGUCUCCCCAAUGCAAUUUUGGGACACCCCCCAAAUUGCAAUUUUUGGUUUCCCCCUGUGGGAUUUUUUUGCCCUCCCCCGCCCCCCCUCAGGCGCUUUUUUGGGCCGUUCCGCUUUUUGGGGCUCCCCCCCGCCCCCACAAUGGGAAAACCCAGCGCGGCGGGGGCGGGGUCUCAUUAACAUAAUUAGCUGCUUAAUUCCCCCCUAUAAUUAGAUCAUAAUAAUUAACGAGCUGAUUAACUGAGCUGUUAAUUAAGGGCUGGCUCAUUAAUUGGGGGGGGGGCAGCUGUAAAGUUUGAGGGAGGGGAGAGCGGCCGGGGACCCCCCCAUCCCCUCCCGCGGUGGUUCCGGUCUCGGUUCCGUUUCCGGUUCCGGGGGGAGUCCCAGUGCCGGGGCCGCCCCGUGCGGGGGCCGGGGGGGCUCUUAAAGGUUCCGGGGGGGGCCUGGCCCGGUCAGAGCCGCCAUGGCCGGGCCCCCCCCGCGCCCCCCCCGGGCCCGCGGCGUUUCUGUCGCCUCUGUCACCGUUCCCGGUGUCGCCUCUGUCACCGUCACCGUUCCCGGUGUCGCGGGUGUGGCGCUGCUGCUGCUGCUGCUGGUGCUGCCCGCGGGGGCCACGCGGUUGCCCCGACAGGACCUCCCAGAGACGCCGCCCCCACCAAUACCCGGGCCCCCCCCGCAGGUGACACGAGGGGACAAACCGGCUGCGCACGUUGUGGCCUCUCCAUGGCCGUCCUCCCGCGGCUCCCUGCGCUGGCAGGCGGGCGUGGCGCCGGCGCUGGUGCGGAACGGAGUGCGCCUGCGCGGGAACCGCCUGGUGGUGCCCCGGGACGGGCUCUACUUCGUCUACGCCUCGGCCGCGUUCUCGGGCGGGCGCUGCGGGCCCGGGAGCGCCCCCAGGCGGCCGCUCCGCUUGGCGGUGUCGCGGCUCUCGCGAGAGUACCCGCGGGAUGUGCCGCUGCUCCGCGCCGCCCGCUCCGUGUGCCCGCCCGGGGGGCUCGGGGGGCUCUGGGCAGAGACCCUGUACCAGGGCGCCGUGUUCCAGCUGCGCCGCGGGGACCGCCUGGCCGCCACCACCUCGGCCGGCCGCUUCCUGGACCUGCACGGCGCCGGGCACGCCUAUUCUCGUUCCCCCCCAGUUCCCUCCCAGUGUCCCCAGUUCCCCCGCUCGGUGGGCGUGGCUCCCGUUUCCACGGCAACCAGCGCCGCCAUCCCUCCCGUCCGCCAGGGGGCGCCGCAGCGCCGCCGCCAGAUGACGUCACCUCCAGGACCGCUCCACUCCGCGGGGGGGGCGCGCUUUCCCUCCCUCCCUCCGCACAGCAUUGGUCUCGCCCGCUCGGCUCCCUCAGCCAAUGGCGGCGCGUCCCCGCGUCGGCCCCGCCCCUCCCUGCGCGCGGCGCGGCCCGAGGCGCGCGCGGCGCAUGCGCGGAGGCCCCGCGGGCCCUGUGUCGGAGGGAGGGAGGGAGGGGGGGGGCAGCGGAAUCCGCCGCCAUCCGGCGCCCGCCCGCCCCGCCCGCCGCCCCCGAGCGCGGAGCCGCCGACGCGGAGCCCGCCCGGGGCGGACAGGUCCCGGUGCGGCCGAUGCGGCGCCAUGAGCGAUCGGGCUGCGCGGGGCCGGCGCUACAACUGCCUGAGCCUCAGUGAGAGCUACCGGGGGCGGCCGCUCGAGCCCCCCCGCGCCGCCGGCGCCCCCCGCCAUGGGCUGCAGAGCCUGGGCAAGGUGCCCACCCGGCGGAUGCCGCCCCCCGCGCACCUGCCCAGCCUGAAGGCCGAGAACAAAGGCAACGACCCCAACGUGGCCCUGGUGCCCCGCGACGGCUCGGGAUGGGCGA